AUGUCAUUCAACCUUCUGCACGUUGUUAAGCCUUUGGUGCCUUACAUCCCCGAUGUUCAGUCUCCAUCUAGGACAAUUACUUUCCACGAAAGAUUUAUCUGGACAACACUUGCAAUCUUGAUAUAUUUGGUCUCAUCCCAGGUCCCUUUGUUUGGAAUAAUCUCGAAUGAUGCAGCAGAUCCUUUGCAAUGGAUGAGAGCAAUGAUGGCAUCCAACAGAGGAACACUUAUGGACCUUGGAACAAGCCCUGUGGUCACAUCUAGCCUUAUAAUGCAAUUCCUAACCAUGUCUGAGAUAUUGAAGGUUGAUUGGUCCAUUAAAGAGGAUAAGAAUCUACACAAUGCAACACAGAGGCUUAUAUCACUUAUAAUGACAGUUGGGCAAGCGUUCGUGCAAGUGUACACAGGAUUCUACGGCAGUCCAAAGAGCCUUGGAACGAUCUAUUGCCUCCUCCUUGUUAUGCAGCUAAUCUUUUCAGGUGUCAUAAUAAUACUCUUGGAUGAGCUACUUCAGAAGGGAUAUGGCCUUGGAAAUGGAGUCAAUCUGUUUAUUGCAACAAAUGUCUGCGAAAGUAUUGUUUGGAAAGCUUUCAGCCCAAAGGUGCUUUUCACUGGACGGGGUAUAGAAUUCGAAGGGUCGGUGAUUGCAUUAUUCCAUCUUCUAGUUGUAAGAAAAAACAAAUUUGCAGCAAUAUACGAAGCUUUCUUCAGGCAAAAUCUUCCAAACUUAUUUUCACUACUUUCGACUGUUCUUCUGUUUACACUUGUAAUAUACCUUCAGGGCAUAAGAGUUGAGCUUCCAACUGAGUCUUCACAAGUUAGGGGGCAUGUGGCCAAAUUCCCUAUAAAGCUGCUUUAUACAUCUACUAUGCCCAUCAUCGCUCAGAACUACAUAGUCGGACAUAUUUCAUCCAUUUCUUCAUUCCUCUACAGGAGAUGGCCUCAGAAUCUAGUUGUCAAAAUCCUUGGGGUCUGGAAUACAUCAAAGGGGGGAAGAUACAUGCCUGUAAGUGGAAUCAGUUAUUAUAUCACAUCUCCAGAAUCCAUUCUUGAGGGCUUAAGAGAUCCUCUGCGAUUUUUUGCCUAUCUCUCUAUCAUGCUUUUAACAUCAGCCAUUCUUAGCACGUCAUGGCUUGAACUGAAUGAGCUAUCUCCAGAAAAGGCUGCACAGAAACUCAAGGAGUCAAGGAUGAGAUUGAAAGGAGUAAGAGAGGCGAGCACGGCCACCGUUCUUUCUAGAUAUAUCCCGACUGCAGCAUUUCUUGGUGGAAUUCUUACUUCCAUGGUUGUGAUACUGUCCAAUCUUUUUGAUGCCAUUGGAAGCGGUACAAACAUUUUCCUGGCCACCUCGAUUGUAAAUCAGUACUUGGAUAUGUUUGCCAAAGAAACAACCCAGAAAAACAGUGAAAUAGGUUUUAUCGAGUAA